AUCUCUCUCUCUCUCACUCUUUCUCUCUUUUUGGACCUCGCUUGCUCGCUUGCUUGCUGGCUGGAUGGCUCGCGUGUUGGGAACAUUACCCACAAGCAACCAAGCAGUCAGUCAUUACCACAAUAGGUACAGGCUACAAUUACAACAUCAACAAUAGCAACAAACUGCAGCUCCUCCUCGCUCUUCGCGUUACUCCAGCUACUCGCCCUCCGCUUCUGCUGCUGCUGCAGGGUGAGAGUAGCAAGAGUCAGCCUCCAGUCAUUUGACCCAACGCAUCGGCGAUUCCCUGACUUGGUGAUUCGUGUUACUGGCACUAAGAACGAGGGACGGGAGGCCAGUUGGUUCGUCGUCUUCGUCAUCACCCACCUUGUCCACCCGAAGCGCCAGCCUAGAUCUUGAGGAGCCUCGUGUUGGUUUCCUUCCUCCUCCCCUUGUGGCGGAGGCUUUACCGCAGCGUUAACAUUCUCUUGGAUUUUAAUUUAAUUUAAUUUUUAUUUUUAUCUUCACACCCUGCAGGGGCGGAUCGUUUUUUUUCCUGCCAGGAGUUUGGGUCUGAGCUGGUGCGUGCUUUUGGGGGUAUUUUAGGGUUCGUCACGUCACCUGGGAGUCGGUGGGUUAGUUUCAGUCCUGGACUCGAGCUCGGGCGCAUCCCAUGAGAGACAGAGAGACAGUGAGAGUGGUUUGUAGGGUGAUAGAGAUUAACGCUCAUGUGUGAGAAGUGGCGGCGGAGCGAGAGGAUGGUGCGGUGAGGAUUCGCUGCGAUGGUUCUUGGUGCGAUUGAGCGAUGAAAGGUGCGGACUUCACCAUCAUCUUUGAAAUUCUAGGGCUUUCAGGCUGACCAUGCAGUGGCAUAUGACGGUACCGAAAGUAUGCCUAUGCGGAUGGUUGUAUGAAAACUUGGCUUCUGUAGGCAGGGGAAAUGGAAAUGGGCCAAGAUGGUAUACAACCCCUCUUGUAACUCUGACUUGUCGCUAUUACGUGCCUAUGCGACAACAUUCCGGCCAAACAAGUAGCGAAAUUUAAGUGCGCCUGUAGAAUUGCUCUGUGCAACACGAAAGUAACAAGCGUUAGCUUCAUUUGUGAUCAGGAGAGGGCGUUUAUCGCCCUUGGACGAAUUUACUUAUUUUUGGUGAAUACUCUGGACAAUCUACGUUGUGAGGCAGGACGGGUUCCCUAUUUGUACAUCACAGCGUGAUUCUUCGCUCGCAGUCUUUAGAUAAACUUUCGAGGAAACAGGUGGCAUUUGUACAUUUGUAUCUGGGAUCUUAUAGGGGAUUACGUGGAAGGAGAGGCGAAUGUGGAGGAAAGAGUGGAGUUAUUAUUUGUCAGUCGAAUGUACAGGAAGAAGCGAAAAGGAUAUGGAGUGGAAAUAUGAAGAAGCUGGUUGAAGAAGGACGUCUGAGAGAUGGUAGAGUGGGUAAUGAAGAUGUUGAUGGCAUGUUGGCGUCCGGUGCAAAAAUACACGCACCUGGGGGAGGAGAAUGGAGAUAACCACGACCCACUGCUGUGGCACAAAGAUUUGGGUGAUCAUGCCGCAGGACAGUUUUCUAUUGCCGCAGUUCAGGCGAAUGCUAUCUUGGAGGACAUGGUCCAAGUGGAAACUGGACCGUUUGGUACCUUUGUUGGGGUGUACGAUGGCCAUGGUGGCCCGGAAGCUUCUCGUUACGUCAAUGACAGUUUGUACCGCCAUUUACAGAAAUUUGCCACCCAACAUGGGGGAAUGUCUAGUGAGGUUCUUCAGCAAGCCUUUAAGCAGACCGAGGAGGGGUUUUUGGAAAUCGUAAGGGAUUCAUGGCUCACGAAGCCCCAGAUUGCUGCCGUUGGUUCCUGUUGCCUGGUAGGUGUGGUGUGGGAGUGUAAGCUGUACAUCGCCAGCCUGGGUGAUUCUAAGGCUGUGCUCGGUAGAUUCUCUCGCAAUUUGCAAUCAGUAAUUGCGACGGAGAUAUCCACUGAGCAUAACGCCAGUGUUGAGGCUGUUAGGCAGGACCUGCAAGCUGCGCAUCCUGAUGACCCGCGCAUUGUUGUGCUGAGGCACGGAGUGUGGCGUGUGAAGGGUUUGAUUCAAGUCUCUCGAUCCAUUGGCGACGUUUAUCUGAAGAAGGCUGAGUUCAACCGUGAGCCUCUAAUCGGCCGGUUCCGCCUGCCAGAGCCGCUCCAGAGACCCGUCAUGAGCGCCGAGCCGGACAUCCGAGUAAUCGAUCUGACCCCAGAUGUGGAGUUUGUGAUUUUUGCAUCAGAUGGGUUGUGGGAGCACUUGUCCAACCAAGAGGCUGUGGAUAUUGUUCACAAAUACCCGCGCGCUGGCAUCGCCAGGCAGCUCAUUCGAUACGCUCUUCAUGAAGCGGCCAAGAAGCGAGAGAUGCGGUACUCGGAUCUGAAGAAGAUCGAGCGUGGUAUCCGGAGACACUUUCAUGACGACAUCACAGUGGUAGUCGUCUUCUUAGAUCAUAAUUUGGUUAGCAAUGGUAGUGGUAUCUCGCAUCACAUUUCUGUGAAAGGUGGAGUUGACAAACCUUCUUGAAAAGGGGUCGUAGGUACUCUCCAUGGUAUCUUGCAGGUUUUGUCACAUGAAACUUCCCCCUUUCGCACGAUGGGGUAGAAGUGAUUGCUCCUUUGAAGCUACACCUCCCUGCAACCCAAUCGUCUGUCGAACCUGAAGCUAGACACCCACAGGUUUUGUUUUUAUUACAUUCAAACCAAUCCAUUUGAGUUGUUGCAUGUUUUAGUAAGCAACCAACCCAAGUCUGCCGUGUGUGCAUACUAUCUCCUAGUUUCCUUUGACUCUUCACCUUGAAUUGUUGAUUGAUUCCCUGAGGUGUUAUGCUGGUCUUCUUUGUACAUUAUGAACUUCAGCAGGAGUCCAAUGCUUACCGGCAGCACACUUACUUCUAGAACUUCAUUUAGGGACUAGAAAUUCCUGUGAUUUUAACAUAGUCGUUGCCUUGCUGAGUUCCUAUAGGUAUGUCGACUUGAAUCAACUCACGGAAGGCUGAUUCUAUGUUCGGUGGAAUAUACUCUUACCGUAGACUGAGGGCAGUUAUGGAUCUUAUUUCCUAUUAUUCACGAGUAUGUUUGGCA